AUGGUUGUGACAGCCCCUGAUGAAGUCUGGGAGCAAUAUCUCAAGUCUCACCCAAACGCUAUAAGACUCUGCGGUAAACGAAUCGACAGGAUGGAUGACCUCGCAAUGAUAUGCGGAUCCGACCAAGCAACGGGCCGCUACGUACGAGGCAGCAUGAGUAUAGCUGCAUCGGCAUCUUCUUCUCGUCUGCAGCGAAACCUUAAUGAAGUAUGGAAUUCUGUUGAUGACGAUGUGGAUGAUACGAUAGAUCUAUCAGAUGAUUACGUCACAGACUCUACAGGGACCAUUCCAUUACCAUCGGAUAGUCCUGUGAUGGGACAUCACGGGUCCCGUGGCACUCCCACUCGCACUCCUGAUUCUGAUGGUACUCGUGGAGGGAUAGUAACAAGGAAACGAUCGCGCUCGCCUCAUCCAUGUAAUGUACUCGGGGCCUCAUUGAAUACCGUUGCCGAGUCAAUGAUGAAAUUUGAGCUCGGCAAACAGGUUAAUCAUACUAACAAAGUACUUGAUAUGCUCGAGGAGGUGAAAAGCCUGACCACCAAAGAAUUUAUCGAUGUUGGUGAGAUCCUGAGUAAGGACAAAUUGUUGGCGUCGUUCUUUGUUAGUCUUCGACCCGAGCGCUGA